AACAAAUCAACAAUAAUAAUGAAAAAACGAGAUGUAAUUCUUGAAAAAUAUUAUUGCAUAAAUUGCGGCAGUCAAGUAAAAUCGCUUUAUAAAGAAUAUAGUCCUUCGGUUUUAAAAUUAACAAAAUGUCCUUCAUGUAAAAGAAUCGCCGAUAAAUACGUUGAGUAUGACUUGGUUAUUGUGGUAAUAGAUCUAAUUUUGUUAAGAAUUAUGGCCUAUAGACAUAUUCUACUAAAUUCUGAAUUUAAGAUUUUUUGGAAAAUAUCUAUUGGUUUGAUAUUCCUAGAAACAUACUCCGACUGGAUUUUCCUCAAAGAAUCUUCUUCGAGCAGAUCGUUAAAAGACUUAAAUAGCACAUUAUUCCAAAACAAAGAUUUAAUUUACCAAGAUGACUUAAAAUUUUACGAAAUGAGCAUUAAAACCGCUUUAGGAUUUUCCAGCUUCAUUAUUGUAGCCUAUUUCUUAACAGCUGGUUACUCUUACCUGAGGAAAACUGAACCUGUUACAUUUAAAGUCAUAUGGAAAGCUGUUGCUCUAUCUACGUGCGGAAGUAUCCUCUUAUUGCCAUCUCUUAUUUGGGAAACUUAUAUUCAAGAAUUCCAUGUAUUAUUUGUAUCAAUGUAUACAACAUUAUCACAAUUAUUAGCGCACAAAGCAAUUUCUAAUUCGGAGAAGAUUUGGAGUUUACUGGUCAUAUUUUUAGCACAUGUAGUAAAAAUGUUUAUAAUGAAUACUACCUUGACUCAGCUGGUAAUAAAUUCUGAUUAUUUAAUAAUAAAGUAAAG